AUGCAGCAGGGACUAGAGAAUGAUAAAGACGCAGUGUUUAAGAAAUACUACACUACAAUCUUUCCAUACAACGAGAUAUUCAGAGUAUUGAACAUCAACGAGAACAAAGAAUUGGCUUUUGGUAAAGAUUCUGGCACAUUCAUAAGGUAUGAAACAUUCUGUAAUGCGAAUGAUUUCUAUAGGAGAAUAUGCCAAGUGAUUCCAUAUAGAAUAGAUGUGGGAUCCACAUUCAAAAACAGACCAACCAAAUACGAUCAAAACAUUCUGGUUAGUAGGCAACUUGUCUUUGAUAUUGAUUUAACAGAUUACGACCGAAAAUGCUGUAAGGAAAAGAAGAUCUGUGCAAAAUGCUAUGACCUCAUCAAAUGUGCAAUAGAAGUGUUGAGUCACAUUCUAAAGAAGCAAUUCGGCUUUGAUCAGUUUGGCUUUGUGUUCAGUGGACGAAGAGGUGUUCAUUGCUGGGUAUUUGGUGAAGAUGACUUGGAUGCACAGGUAAGAACCAACAUAUUCAAAUACUUUGAUAUUGUGAUAUCGAGAAACUUCCUUGAAAGUGAAUACGAAAGAAUUCUACAAAAAUACGCAGGUAACACCGAGAAAAUAGAAGAUCUUUUGAAAUGGUUUCCAAAAAUAGACAAACAGGUGAUUGUACAGUCAACACACUUGAUCAAAAUGCCAUUUUCGAUACAUCCGGAAACCAUGAAUGUCUCAGUGCCACUUGAUCCAUCAAACAUCAAGGAAUUUGAAGAAUUGCCUACGGUUUACAGCUUUCUGGACGGUAAAGAAAAUAUCGAUGAAUAUGUCAAAAUAAUGAACAAAUGGGUUGAAUGA